AUGCCUUCCUUUUUCAAGAAAUCACGACCCAAGGAAGCGGCAGCCGACGCAGCGAAACUCUCGGCCUCGGCUGCGACUCAAACCCCAGGCUACCCCGCAACACCUACCCCAGACGAAGACAUUCCCGCUGCGCCAAGCCGCCGUGAUGAAGCCGAGAAGCAACAGGAGCAGUCAGAGGAGCCAGCCCCCGCCCUCCUCGACGACGAAGAUGAGCGUUUUCUCGAGCAUCUCGUCGGCGACGUUGAGGGCAAAGAUGGAGACAAAGCUGAUGGCUCGAAGCGACCCAUGCCUUCCCGCCCAAGAACGCCCGACUUGAUAGAGGCCUGGGGAGGCGAGGAGGUCACCGGCAGCAGUGCGGACGCAGCAUCGCCGAAGAAGCAGAAGCAGAGCCGAUUGUCGCGCCUGUUCCACCGCACCAGCAAGCCCAAGCAGACUGCGACAGACACCACCACGGAAGACGAGGCAGACCGCGAGUGGGCCGACCUCAACCGCGUGCUUGCGCGGCUGGACCUCAGUCCGGAGACCAAGGCCAAGGCAAAGGCGAAAAAGGACAAGGCCUCGGCUGAACUGAAGGAGUUGGUUCGCCAGUUCGUGCUGGUGCUCAAAGACAUCAUGCGCGGGGCGCCAACGGCAGUGGACGACCUGAUCAAGCUGUUUGACGGGCGCAACGAUGCGUUCAGGCGCGGGUUUGAGAAGCUGCCGCCAGGGAUGCAGAAUAUUGUCACAAAGCUGCCGAAGAAGAUGGCCGAGAGCUUCGGAUCGGAGGUGCUUAGCGCUGCGAAGGACGCAGCGGUAAAGGAGAUUGGGAAGGAGGGGACUAAGGGGGUGAAGGAGUUGUUACUGCCGAAGAGUUUGGGCGACCUUACGCUAACCCCGGCCGUGGUGCAGGCGAUGCUGAGGGCAAUUGUGAACGCGCUAAAGCUGAGGUGGCCUGCGGUUGUUGGGACGAGCGCACUGUGGAGUACGGCGGUUGUCUUGUUGCUGUUUGUACUGUGGUAUUGCUGGAAGAGGGGUAAGGAGGAACGGGAGAAGGAGGAGAGAGAACGGGCAGAGGAUCAAGCUAGGGCGCCAGCAGAGGUUGAGGCGGCGAAGAGCUCGUAA